AUGUCUCGCUAUGACGAUUACCGUUCGUCAACAGGGACGUUGGACUCGCGAGACCGCCACGAUCGCUACUCACGGGGCCCAGCCGUGGUCGAACGACCCCGCCAUGCCGAAGAACGCUUCGAAGCCCGGCUCCGCGACGAAGACAGAUACGGACCCCCUGCACGCGCACCAGGGCGCUUCUACGAGGAUGAAUACCUAGACCACCCGGCUCCUGCAGGCCCUCUCGUGGCGCAUGAUCGGCGCCGACGCCGUGACGAGAGCCCCUCCUUUGAACGUCCCCGUCUUAUUAGGCGGCAGUCGUCUCUGGACACCUUUGAUCGAAUCCCACGGCGCAAGAUGGAGGCUCUCGAUGCCCAUGCCCGCGACCGGGCCCCUCGCAUGCCCCGCGUUCCUGCUCCGCCUCAUCGCCACUUCUCCCCCGGUCGUUAUCGGGAGCGCGAGGUCUAUGAGGAUAUUAGGAUCGCUGAGCCCGAUUAUUAUGGUGAUGAGGAGUUCAGAGAUGUUCGUGAGAGAGACAUGGUUGGCCAUCGUCGCCGCUCGAGCAGCAAUGCUCGUAGACAUCAUGAGGAGAAACCUUACCCGCGCAAAGGGAAGACCCGUAUUCCUCGUCACCUUGCCCAUGUCCAUGCCAUCUUGGAUCUAGGCUAUCCGUUCAAGGAGGAGGAUGAUGUGAUCGUGAUCCAGAAGGCCCUGUCAAAGGCUCAGAUCGAUGAAGUGAUCACCUUGAGUCGCGAGUUCAGGAGGCCUCCUAGCCCGGUAGAGACUGAAUACCUUUCUGUACGAGAGCGUCCGCGCGAGCGUGUCACGACUGAAUACUUGCAAGUCGAGGCAGCUACUUCUCCACGCUCGAGUCGUGACACGUUCAUUGUUGAGGCCGCACCUUCACGACACAGGUCACACUCGCGCCAUCACCACGAUGAUUAUUACGAAGAGAUUGUGGAUAGACCAAUAGUGCGAGGGAUCUCCCGGCCACGUUCGGUAUCAGUCCACGCACACCGCCCUGUGCAGUACAUUGAACAGCGAGAGUUCGAUAAUGCUCGGACCGGCCCAAUGGUUCUUGUGCGUCCACGAGACAGUGAUAAUGAUGUGAGCGACUACAUUCGUGAACUUGAGGAGGAGACUAGACUUCUUCGCCUGGAGAGACAGGGUGGCAUUGAGAUUACGCGGCAACGCGAUACGGAAAUCAUUGAUAACAGAGGGAAUGAGGAGGAAGUUACGGAGGUUCGGAGACAGGAGCGCAGAGAGCCCAACUCUCGCAUUAUGCGCGCUAUGAUGGCUACUCUUACUUGA